GCCUGUUGGGGCAUCGCCUCGUUUAGUUGACAGCGCUUUGUUCGCCUGCACGGUUCGAAUUACCGGAAACCGAAAGUUUGAGCCCUCACCUGCGAAUAGUAUUACCACUAGGAGUAUAUACCACUAAGGAAUAUAUAAAAAGUGUUAAGAAAAUGCUCGCGUUUCCAGUACUGUUUGUAGUUUUGCAACUCCUCGCAAUCGUUCGAGCGGAAUCGGGAGAAUUCGAGAAACUCCUGGUUCCCGUGAGCUACGGGAACGCAGAGCAGAGGAGCGGAAUACGGAGCAACGAGACUUCGACUGCUGGACACUCGGUGGCCGCCCGCUCCUACUACGACGUGGUGCAGAACGCCGGACAGACGGGCUGCUCCGUGGGCACCGAGUGCACUCCGCUCCACGACUGCACUGCCCUGAUCUACGAGGUGGCCCGGAGCUGCUACUACGGCGACAAGUCGCUCUACUGCGGGGGAGCCAGCGAGGAGCUGCCCUACGUCUGCUGCCCCAGCAGUCCGCUGGAGAAGAACCAGGUGUGCGGCAAGUCCCUGGUCCAAGGCCACUUCUACAAGGGACUGGGCUCCUAUCCCUUCGUCGCGCGCAUCGGCUUCAAGCAUGUCAACACUGGAGCCUUUGCCUAUCCGUGUGCUGGAGCCGUAAUUGCGCGCCGGGUUAUCCUCACGGCCGCCCACUGCGCUCUGGCCAAGGCCGAUGGACACCGGCUGUCUUCGGUGCGCGUCGGCGAGUACGAUACGAGUAGCGAUCCGGACUGCGCCAACACCGGAUUCUGUGCACCGCGGUCGGUCAACCACGCCAUCAGCCAUGUGAUCGUGCAUCCCGACUACAAGCAGGGCCAGUAUCACCAUGACAUUGCUCUGCUGGUGCUGAAAACGCCGCUAAACUAUUCGGUGGCUACUCAACCCAUCUGCCUGCAGAAGACACGCGCCAACCUGGUGGUGGGCAAACGGGCUACCAUCGCCGGAUGGGGCAAGAUGUCCACGUCGAGUGUCCGCCAGCCGGAGAUGUCGCACCUGGACGUGCCGCUGACCAGCUGGGACCUGUGCCUCCGGAACUACGGGUCCACAGGUGCCCUAGAAUCGCCCAACUCCAUCGAGGGCCAAUGGAUGUGCGCCGGCGGCGAGGGCAAGGACGUCUGCCAGGGAUUCGGUGGAGCACCGCUUUUCAUACAAGAGAACGGCAUCUUCUCUCAGAUCGGAAUCAUGUCCUUUGGAUCUGAUAAUUGCGGCGGACUUCGCAUUCCGAGCGUCUACACUUCCGUGGCCCACUUUUCCGAGUGGAUUCACGAUAACACGCCGCCGGAGUAGGCGGCUUAGGUCAGCUUAAGCUAGAACUAAAAUUGCAUUAUUUAAAUAAAAUAUGAAUAUGAGUACUAGCAUCGGACUAUUAUUCAAAGUCAUCGUAGAAAGCUUGCUGCGUUCUGUGGCGCAUCCCAUUGAUCUGAUAUGUUGAUCUGAGUUUACACGCACCCAAUCACUUAAUUGAAUUAAUUGAACUCUGACACGAACCACUCGCCGGGGCUUGAAAAAUAAGAAAAUGAUCUUUUAUACAAAUAAGAUGACGGUAGGAAGGAAAGCAUUUGGACUUUUGGAACCUUACUCUUCCAGCAAUCGUAUCUCGUUCAGCGUUGAGAGUUCUAACGAUUAGUUUCAACUUUGUUUUGGAAUAUUUUGUUUAAGGAGUAUGUUUAUUUGAGCAAUAGCAAUGUGUAUUCCCUUUAUUAGAGCACAUUAUAAGGAAGACAUUUUUCAAUUUCGCGUUCCAUCAAAUGAGUUAAUCAAGGUAAGCCCCGGACUUCGAACACAGUACACAGAAAGAAAAAUGCAGAUGAUGAAGUGUUGCAUUAUAAUACUUUGCAGCACAUACUUCAGAACCGAAUGGAUAUUUUAGAAAGAAAUUUAAAUUUCUUAGCCACUGCUCGAUAUACUUUGUUUAGAAUUCACUUUAGCCUGAAUACUCAGAUGUGGCACAGAGCACCACCUUUUUGUCUCAGUACAUUCUUCGCUCUCCGAAACUGCUCAUUGCCGGCUCGUUAAACUUAAUCGCUUAGGUCUGCAUGGGAACUCUCCUGCCUUGAUUUCGAGAUCUCCAUGUGCGUGCGGAGAGAAGAGUCCGAGAUGGCGGUACCGGUGCCAUGUGGCUAAUUGGAGUCAGCUGUUUUUAUGAGCCACUGGGAUCAGCUGGUGGUUUGGCAGGAGCUGGAGCUGGAGCUGGAGCCCAUAAAUAUCGAAAUGGCUGCACUGCGCCAAAGAGGGAAUUGAAACGAAUAGAAUAGAAUAGAAUGGAAUUCCUCGCAUUUACCGACUGCUGGCCAUUGCAUAAGCUUCUUAACUGGCUCACAGUCCCGCAGAAAUCAAGCGAUCGUCUAAUCAAUUCACGAGAACGCCGGCCCCGCUGAAGGCAGAGUAUCUGGCCAUCGGCGAGGUCCCGGGGACGGAGGCGAUGCUGGGGCAGAAGCCACUAAAUGGAAAAUCAAUUUGUU